CGAACCCCACAGGAUCCGCAUCAGGCCAGCUUCCCGUUCUCCACCCACCACAAUCAGUUCCCAUCUCUUUGCUCCUUGACUUCACCCUCGAAUCAUGCCUGCGUCUCGUAGAGGAAGCGGGAGUGUCAUCUUGCCGUCUGGGCAGACGAUUGCGUUGCACACAAGGACCCACGAUGAGGAGGAUCUCCCCCAUGCUACCAAGAAGACGAUGGCCGACCAUCUGCGGAGAUUCGAGAAUCUGUUUACGCUGACCCCGCAGCGGAUGCGCAUGAUCGUCGAAGCAUUUACAGAGACACUUGAGGUUGGCUUGAACAAGCCAAACCAGGUUGUGCCCAUGAUCCCCACCUUCGUCUUUGGCUGGCCAACAGGCUCAGAAAAGGGAGAUUUCCUUGCUCUUGAUCUUGGUGGAACCAACCUCCGCGUUUGUCUCGUUACCCUCCAAGGCGAGGGCAAAUUCGAGAUCACGCAGACCAAGUACCGCCUUACCGAGGAGCAGAAGCAGGAUGAUGGCCAGAAGCUGUUUGAUUUCUGUGCGGAAUGCCUGAAGACGUUCGUCGAUACGAACUCCGGGGACGGGCCCGGCCAGCUUAAGCCUGGGCAGAUCUUACCUCUUGGUUUUACGUUCUCGUACCCCUGCUCCCAAGAACGGAUUGACCACGGCGAGCUUAUCCGCUGGACAAAGGGUUUCGGCGCGCCAAACACCGAGGGCAGGGACGUGGCCGAGAUGUUUAAGAAGUCCCUUGCAAAAUUCGAGCUUCCCAUUACACUGACUGCACUUAUCAACGACACGACUGGAACAUUGGUUGCGUCCCACUACGUGAAUCCAAAAACGAAGAUCGCUGUCAUCUUCGGAACGGGUUGUAAUGCCGCAUAUAUGGAGCACGUCAAGGACAUUGGCAAGAUUAAGUCGCUGGGUAUUGACGAGGACGCGGAUAUGGCGAUUAACUGCGAGUGGGGCGCCUUCGACUCGUUUGAGCAUGAACACUUGCCACGGACGAAAUACGAUGUCGUCGUUGACGAGGCGUCAAACAAGCCUGGAGAACAAGCUUUCGAGAAACUCAUCUCCGGGCGCUACCUCGGCGAGAUCUUCCGUGUUGUCGUGUGCGAGCUAAUCGAUGAAGGAGUCCUCUUCCUGGGCCAGAACACGUACAAGCUUGAAAAGCCCUACAUCAUCGACACCGCUUUCUUGUCUCUCAUGGAGAGCGACCCAACGGACGAGCUUCUCAUGAUCAUCGGUAUCUUCACGCACUUCUUCAAUAUUGAGACGACGCUAGCCGAGCGCCAGUUCUUCCGCGCGCUCGCCAAGCUCAUCGGGCGGCGUGCUGCACGCAUGUCCGCGUGCGGUAUCGCUGCCAUCGUCAACAAGAUGGGCUACAUUGAGGAGGGAUGCGCCGUCGGUGCUGACGGUUCGUUGUACAAUAAAUACCCCAUGUUCCCCGAGCGCGUGCACGAGGGCCUAGUGGACAUCUUCGGCGACAAGGGACGCAAUAUUGUUACCCACCACGCCGAAGAUGGCAGCGGUGUUGGUAGUGCAAUCAUUGCUGCCAUGACGAAGAUUCGGAAGGAUGCUGGCUUGUACACCAACGUCUAAGCGGCCGGUAUGUGAACAUGGACUCUGGGGAAAGGCGGGGGACAAUCGGAUGCGCUCGGCAACAUGCCUAUAUGUUCGAGCUGAGGCAGUUUGUCAAGUUAUCUACGUGUCGACGUUGGGCCAAGAAGACAAAAUUAUUGUAACUCGUUAUGAACACCACUCUAGACUUUUGUGGCUGCCUUUUGCUGCUUCCCAGAAUGUGGCACCGCUUAAAUGCAUUCGAGAUGAUGCGACCCGACGAUACAGUUGUUUCGGGGUGAAGGCCGCUGGCUCCAGUAUG